GCAGGGCUGAUGCGCUCGAGCACAAACAAUGCAGGAGGCUCAUCGGCGUUAGCAACUUUCUCUGAAUUCUUGCCAGGAUGACCCAGCUGAGCAAGGCUGAUUCUGAUUUGAGAGCUAGUCUGUCAGGGAAGAGCACUUUGCAUCAUAGAUGUCAUAGGAAAGGAGACAGCAGAGAGUCGAUCUGGGCUGGCUGUGACCGUGAGCAAGAGCAGUGGUGGGAAUGCAGCGAUCCAUUCCUGGGCUUUUUGCUGCUGUUAGAGAAGUUCAUUCAGUAAACUUGCUCUUCUGAUACAAUGUCUGCUCCUAGUGGCUUCCCUGGCCCAUCUGCACCGCCUUCUUACGAGGAGACAACAGGAAUCAAUGUUAACUAUUCUCACCCUUAUCCUGCUCCAGAACCUGGGCAAAGACCAAAUGCAAAGGGAAUGAACCCUCCUCCAUACAUUGUACAGCCUGGGCCAGUGCCUAACCCUGUUACAGUUCAGACUGUGUAUGUGCAGCAACCAGUAGUAUUUUAUGACCGCCCGGUUCAGAUGUGCUGCCCUUCCUGUAACAAGAUGAUAGUGACGCAUCUUUCAUACACUUCGGGAGCGCUGGCUUGGCUAUCAUGUGGUGGCCUCUGCCUGCUGGGGUGUAUAGCUGGUUGCUGCUUAAUUCCAUUUUGCAUUGAUGCUCUCCGGGAUGUGGAUCACUCCUGUCCAAACUGCAAAGCAUUAGUUGGUUCUUACAAGCGUUUGUAGGCAGUGUUUAGAUUAUUGAUACAGAUUGAUUGCUGAGGUUUAUUAGCACCUCUGCUAAGCCCUUUCUGAAACUUGAUGGAGACUUCUGUCAUCCUGUCAUUGGACUCAAUCAAAAAAAAAAAAUGUGUAUUGCUAGAUAUUUGAAUAAGAAAUUCUAAAGGGAACUCUGACUUAGGUCUAUAAAAAAGAUACAUAAUCUUAUAAUCUUUAUGGGCCACUUAGUUCAGCACCAGUUGGUAGCGACCAAAUGUCCCUUUCUGCUUUAUGCAAAACAGGUUGAUGACAUUGGUCCAGUUAAUGUUAUCCCAGUCAUGCUGCACACUGGUGUGCUUGCUCACAGCUUCAGCACAGACCAAGAGGAGAACUUCCAUGGAGAUGCUGACAGGCUCAUGCUUGGUGGUGAUGCCUUUACAACAGCACUGAUAACAAACUGACAGGAGAUUGCUCGCCUCCGAGACAGGCACCCCUCUUUGGCAAAAGAAGCAAUUUGUUCACAGUGUUAUCAAUUGGGCACCUCUUACGAGCACUGAAAUUCACUUUCACGUUUUUUCAGUGAAAGAGGACUAAACCCUGAGGUUUGUUCCUUCUUGGAGGCAGCUUUACCAAAUAGUUAAUUCAGGUUAUUGUGCCAAUGGUGUUUCCAUCUAGUAUCUAAAUUUCCUUGCCAGUUUUGAGUCUAGUCAUAUCUCCACUUUGUAAUAAAGAUGUUCAUGCAGGAGUUUUUUACAGACAUUUUUUUUCACAUUUCUUUUUACUCUUGAUUUAUAAGUCUGUGAAAAGUUCCCUCUUCCCUUGCCCCAGGGGAAAUUCUGAUAGCAUUGAAAGGCUUCCUUUUACAUUUACACAAGUCAACUGAUAGAUUAUAAACAAACCUCAGCCUUUUCUUAAGGCUAGAAUUUUGCCUGCAAAACACAAAUACAGGAACUGUACUUUUACUUGUUGAUCCAUUUAUGAAUUGCUAUUUUUUUGUUAAGGUAACAUGUUUGUUAAGGAAUUUCUGAUGAUUAUUUAGACUUGUACUCUGAUUUUUCUAAAUGAAAGAUAAAUUUUGCUUUCAGAAACUUAACUUGGAUAAAUUCAUUUAAGACAUCAAUCACAAAAAUUAAGGAAUGAGGCUCUGAAGGCUGAAGUAUUUCAACAUGACAUAUAAACAGCAGGCCAGGUCCAAAUACCAUCUUGAUGUGUUGAAUGAUACCUGUCUAGAAAAUGCAGUCAGGUGUUUAGACAUAGGCUAUGAUUCUAACACUGUAUUAAUUUGUGUAAAGGUAAAACUCUAAAAUAAACACAAAUAUAUAAAUAAACACUGCAUUUAUUGUUCUUGCCAAA